GAGAGAGAGACAGAGAGAGAAAGAUAGAGGCGUUUGUGUUUGUUGCUGCUACUUUUCUAGAGUAUCUACAAAACAACACAACGGUGCGAAUGUUGGAAGAAUGGAAGCAAACUAAAGGCCAACUAUGGCGGCAAAAAGAAACUUAAAAAUCUCCAAAAUAAUAUUUACUAGUAACUCAUAUUUUAACCAUUUGUCUGAAAGCAAUAACUAGAACAGCUUAAAAACAAAGAUGGUGAAAGAGUAAAGUUAAGUGUCUUUUUGAAGUGUUUUUCCUAACAGGGUUUGGUCUUACAUCUCUUUUUCUGUUUUCCUUUUUACUAGUCAUUGAUAAGGAAAGGCAGUGACUUUUAGGGAGCUUAUUUUUUCCAGUUUUAGCAGGGUUUUUUGUAUAUGGGUUUGGUGGAGGGUUCUAUUAAUGGCUUUAACGUUUCAGACAAGGCAAAGUUAGAUGUUGGAAAAAUUUCUACUACUACUACUACUACUAUUUGUUACAAUUUCCAACUGCAGAAUACUGAAUCAUUCCCUUCCAAGAUCAUGAUGGUUCAUCAUCAAGAUCCUCACCGUCCAUUCUCUGAUGAUGAUGAUAAUGGAGGUGGUGGUGAUAGUGGGCCCACUCUUAACCACAACGAAGCUAACAAAAUGCCUUCUUCUAACGAGCACAAUGUAUAUUCUGAUGCUAGUUUUCUUCCUCCUCUUCCUCCUCCAGUUACUGGUGGUGCUGCUGUUGUAAGGACUUUUCAGCCUUUUGACAUUUCUACCAACUCAUCCCCAGUAGUAGAAGGUAUGGCAGCGGCUCUGGGGUUUCCUUUUACAUGGUCUCAGUGGAAAGAACUGGAGAAACAAGCUAUGAUCUACAAAUAUAUGGUCUCAGCUAUACCUGUACCUCCAGAUCUUCUCUUAUCAAUUUGCACUAAUUCCUCUGGAGCUUCUCUCACUACCUCGGCUAGUGGUUCAGUACAAGGGCAAAGAUGCAGAAAUAUAAGGGAUCUAGAACCAGGUAGGUGCAAAAGAACAGACGGCAAGAAAUGGAGAUGCUCAAGAGAUGUAGCUCUUCAUCAGAAGUAUUGUGAGCGCCAUAUGCAUAGAGGCCGUCCCCGUUCAAGAAAGCAUGUGGAAGUUCAUGCCCCUCUUAACAAUAACAAUGACAAUAAGAAGACUCGAAAUCACCCUGUUACUCUUGAAUCUACUCCCAUUGCUGUUCCUAAACCACCACCUACUGGUCAAACCAACAGCCUUUCAACACAGCCUCUUAGAUCUGCCUUUCAACAAAUGGAGGGUCCCUUGUUUCUUCAUGAUAAAAUGGGGCAAAACAUCUCCACUGAUUCCUCUUUCAAUGAAUUACACAGAAGUUCGGGCUGGACGAUGGAAGGCGAGUUGGUGGCGAAGGCUGGUGCUGGACAGCAAUGGCAACAUUUGAUGGACUCAAACAUUCACCCGGCGGACUGGCAGGAUAGUUACAGGGAAGAGGCACUGAAUUUACUGGCGUGUAGAGAUUUGGAAAGAACUGAAGAUGUGAGUAUGAGGCACAAUGGUGAGUUCAAUUUCAUGAUAAAUCCUGAAUUACUUUCUUUGGAUAAGCAAACUGUAAGGGAAGCCCCAAGGGACUUGAUUAAUGCAUGGUCAAAUGAUAACAUCUACAACAAUAGUAACAAUGAGAAUAUGGAGGAGGGUUCGCUAUGGCCAUCGGAAGGGAACAUCUCUCCGUCAUCACUUACUCUAUCUAUGGCUAUGGCUGCGGGCAAUGCGCUUGAUGAGGAUAUGGGAUUGGAGAGUAGUGUUAUGAAUAACUCGUAUCAGAACAAGUCUUGGGAGAAAUUCAGUUGGGUACCUUUUGCAUCUGGAGGACCAUUGGCUGAAGUUUUACAUCCUAGCUCUUCUAUUAAUCAAGGUGAAAAUCCAGCCUCUUCAUAUACAAGCAAUUGUGAUUCAAUCAGCCCUGCAGCAACAACCGUUUCGUCGCCAUCUGGAGUUCUUCAGAGGACAAUGUUUUCACACUCUGAUGGCAGUGUUUGCAACAGCCCAAUUCUUGCACCUCCGACUAACACAUCUGAGACGGUUCCGUUCCAGUGGCUAAGUUAGAAGAGAAUGGCCAAAUGGCUCUUCCCUUUUUUUCUAUUUCCUUUUAACAGUUGUUCCUUUCUAGCCAAUGAUACCAGAAGUUUCAAAAGUGAAUGUCUAAAGUUCAUUUCAGGCAA